AUGAUACUCAUAGUUGUAGUGUCCACUUCAACAGGCCUAUGUGGAUUGAGGAACCUUGAAGAGUUGGAUAUUAGUGUUAAUGGAUUUUGGGGCCCUCUUCCUUCAUGCUUCUGCAAUAUGACCUCACUCCGUGCGCUUGAUAUUCUACAUAACUAUUUUAGCGGGGCCAUUCCUUCAUGUCUCCUUUGUAAUCUCAAGUCACUUGAAUAUAUUGACUUUUCUGAAAAUGCUUUUGAAGGCUCACUUUCUCUUGCUUCCUUGGCUAAUAACUCUAACCUUGAGGUAUUCCUCCUUUUUGGCAACCAUAAUAGUCUAGAAGUAAAUACGGAAGAGCCCACUUGGUUUCCUACAUUUCAAUUGAAGAAGUUUGGUUUGUCAGACUGUGUGCUCAACAAAGAUGCAAAUAGCGUAAUUCCCAGCUUUCUGAAAGAACAAUAUAACUUGAGAUGUGUUCUACUCCGCCAAAGUGGAAUGACAGGAUAUUUCCCAAAUUGGCUAUUGCGCAACAAUGUAAACCUAGAAUGGUUCAAUCUCAAAGGCAACAAUUUCUCAGGUGCUUUUUUUUUGCCUUCCCAUUUGAAUCUGGUUAGCAUGUGGUUUUUCGAUGCGUCUGCUAAUAUCAUUGAAGGAGAGCUUCCAUCUUGGAUUGGUUCUAUCCUCCCGAAUUUGCAAUUUUUGAACAUGUCAAGCAACUUAUUGAAUGGUAGAAUCCCAGCCUCAAUGGGCAAUAUGAAACAACUAUUUUCAUUGGACUUGUCAUAUAAUGGCUUCAUAGGAGAGAUACCGGAGACACUGGCUGAAAAUUGUAAGUCACUUUAUACAUUGAAAUUGUCCGGCAACAAUUUGCAAGGCCAAAUGCUACCGAGGCAUUCUAACUUGACAAGCUUGCAUUUUCUGCAUCUAGAUAGCAAUCGUUUCACAGGGGACAUAUCACCCUGUAUAUUAAAUAGCUCCUCUUUGCAAGUUUUGGAUGUAAGUAAUAAUUCCCUAUCUGGGACACUUCCCAAUUGGAUUGGAGAUAUGCAAUACUUGGAGGGGCUUAUGCUGUCAAGUAACUUACUGGGAGGUCCUUUAUCAUUGAGCUUUUGCAACUUACAUCAUCUGGUUCUUUUAGACCUUUCAAGUAACGACCUUGGGCCCUAUAUACCCCCUUGUGCCAAUGUUACAGUUAUGAGGUUCUUGCAUUUAACAAAUGACAUGCUUGCUGGGCAUUUUCCUAAGUUUCUUUUCGGAGCUUCAUCGAUUGUCACAUUGGAUCUGAGGCACAAUGCAUUGUCGGGUGAGGUUCCCAGUUGGAUUGGUUCACUUAGGAACUUGAAGUUUCUUCUACUACAAGGAAAUAAUUUUGAAGGUUCAAUCCCUCUGGAUCUAUGUCUAUUGAAAAAUAUGAGCAUAUUGGACCUCUCCAAUAAUAAUCUUUCUGGAAAAAUCCCUUCUUGUUUGAAAGAUCUGAGAUUUGGAAAUGAUGAGGUAUCUACAGACUCAUUUGCUACCUUAGGCAUGUGGUUGUCUGGUGGACGUUACACACUUGCAUCUACGUUUGAAUUAGAUGAAGUGUACUUCAUGACCAAGAGUAGGUUGGAAUCGUAUAAGGGCAACAUUCUACAACUCAUGUCAGGAAUGGAUCUCUCGCGGAACAAUUUGACAGGCAUUAUUCCUCCAGAGGUUGGCCACUUGAGUGAACUUCGAGCCUUGAACCUGUCACACAAUAAUUUGAUGGGACCAAUCCCGGAAAUGUUUUCCAAUUUGAAGAAUGUAGAGAGCUUGGACCUAUCCUACAAUAGCUUAACUGGUCUCAUCCCUCCACAACUGACAGAGCUCUAUGCCCUAUCAGAUUUUAGAGUGGCUCAUAACAACUUGUCAGGCAGGACACCAGACCGAAAAAAUCAAUUUGGAACUUUUGGUGAAGCAAGUUAUGAAGGUAACUCCUUUCUUUGUGGACCACCAUUAACAAGCUGUGAUGACUCAAAUCGGGAACAGUGGACGCCACCAUCUUUAAAUAAUACCAAGGAGGAUGACCCCUGGAGAGAAGCCUUCUUGUGGAGUUUUGCAGGAUCAUAUGUCGUGGCAUUCCUUGGGGUGGUUCUUUUUCUCUAUCUAAACUCAUACUAUCAGUAUGUGUUGUUCGAGCUUGUUCGUAAGCUUAUCCCAUCAUUUCCCCUAUAGAGAUUGUUCUUCUAAGCAUUUUGUGAUGGAAAAACAUGAUGAACCAGCGGAGCACCUUUAUGUAAUAGGAU